AUGGUAUCUUGCCUCAGAAGAAAUAAGCGAGAUUUGUAAGUUAAUUUGUUGUUGUUUUGGGACCAAACUUUGCUACUUUUAGAGUUGAUAUACCAACACUAGGUUUAGUGUCGACACGAAGUUGAUGGUGUCAGAGUGGUCGAAUCUUUUAAUUUUUUUACAUUUCAGCGAAAAUAUUCACGAGGAAGGAUCAGUGCCGGAGUCGGAUAGGAAUUCUGUGUCAACAGACGAGAAAACGAUAAAUAGAAAUUCGACUAGCGACAUGUAUUGCUUUUCCAGUAGCACUGAAUGUGAAACAGAGCGUGAAUUUAAAGAAAACACUUUGCCGGAGUCGGUUGGAGCGUGCGUAUGA